UUGGCGAAAGUGAAAUAUUUGUCACAAUGUGUUGAAUGACACGACAAUAAUAAAUUUUCGAUCGUGUAAAUUUCUGUUUUUCUUCAAAUUUGUUUAAUAAUAAUAAUCAAAGGUUCAUGAUUAGUUUUUUAGGAUGGAUGUUGCAGAUAUACUAGGGAGCGUAAUAAGCUUCAUUGAAAAUUAUGGCUGGUAUUUACUCAUAACUAUCGUAAUAGGAAUUUAUAUUUAUAACCAGUUCCUAAAGGAAAGAAUUCAAGAAUAUUUGAGAUGGAAAUCUGAGCAAGAGUAUUCAGCAAAAUAUCACAAAAAUCCAGAUCUUUUAGAGAAACGAUUGAAUGCACAACAAACUUACGCCAGCAAAUUGCAAGAAAAGUAUAAUCGUGAAGCAGAGGAAUAUAAAAGGAAAAUGGAGGAGAAAGAAGCUAGGAAGAAGGAAGAACUUCUGAACAAACUUGAAGGAAAGGGCGGUACCAAACUAGGUUCUUCUUCCAAAUCUGAUUAUAAUCCCCUAAUGGGAGCUGGAACUUCUGGAGGAUACAGGCCCCCUAAAAAAAGUUGUUGCAAAAAAGGAGGUGGUUGUGGAUAAAAAACUAUUGCUCAUAGUGUAGAGUCUGAAAAUUUAUGAAUAAACAUUUAUAAAUCUUACCACAAUUACCCUUUCACUAAUCAAAUUAAUAAUAUCAAACAAUUAUAAUUUUUAAAAUUGUUGAAUAAUGUUUUUUUUUAUACUGAAGAUGUUUAAUAUGAUAAUAUAAGAUAAUAAGAAA